UUUCCGUUUCCACCUCCUCCCAGCCUCACGCCCCCAACACAGGCACGGUUUUUUUUUUGGUCUCUCUUUUCUUUUCUUUUUUUUUUUCUUAGCCUCCAACCCCGUCGUUGUAGUUUAACUUGAAGCCUUCAGCAGUUUGGGGAGUGUUAAAUCUUACAACAAUGGGGGACAUCGAGGCGCCCGACUCCAGCCAGCAGCCGCGCCAGUCCGUCCUGAUGUCGGUUCUUCCAAGCAAAGAGUUCGCUACUUCAAGGAAAGGAAUGCUUCUGAUUGCUGAAGGGGCGCUUUCCUUCAUAUCCUUUGUGUGCUUUGCUGCAUCAGCAGCAGCAGCCUUUGUGACAGUCCCCCUGCUGGCGUUCCUGGCUUCCAUCUUCUUCUUGUUUGCCUACUCUACCAAAUUCAAUGAGAGGUUUAAGGGCUUCUGCUUUCCUCUGAUGGACUUCAUUAGGUGCGUGUCAUCCUCCAUUAUCUUUUUCAUCAUCUCCAUAAUGGCGGUGUCCAAAUACCCAGAUGGUUCCUCUAAAGCUGCAGGGAUCUUUGGGUUUAUCGCCACUGUUGUUUUCGCUUUAGACUUUUAUGUCAUUUUCAAUGACCUUGCUGGAUUUCUAAAGCAAGGAGGGGAGUCCAACGAGGAGCCUACAGGACAGAGAGAUGACUUUUCAGAUUCAGACUCAGAUUGAAGCUCGUAAGCAGACGUGUUCAAUACAAGGAAGUGACCACUGCGCUGAGAAGCCACUAUGAAGGCCUGCAGGAAUUUCAUCGUUUCACAAUGUUUCAUUGGUACAUGAAAAGCAUAAAUCCUGACAGGAUUGUAGGAGCAGGUUAACAUGCUUUUAUCUGAAGUUGAGGGUCUGGAAACCAUUUCUUUGUAACACAUUUCUCAUAUUGCUGUAAACUGGUGUUGCAUUUCUACACUUGCUAACUCUGCAUUUGGUUUAGAAAAGGAUGCAAGUAGUGACCUGUUCUGUUUUAUUCCCAAACCUGUACUUUGCUACUAAUCUAUGCUUGCUUUAAGGGAAGCAUUUGAUUCAUUCACACCAUUCAAUGCAUGAUAAAGCUGUAAAAUGGUGCUGUGCUGAGUUUCUGAAACUAUUUCUAUGUUUAGAGAAGGAUACAUCACAGACAUUGAUUUUUGGGAAAUUUUUGCUUUGAGAAGCAGAGGUGUGCAAAAGUCCUGAGCCAGUCCUGAUUUUUUUGUUAUAUUUCGCUUUGUGCGGUGGAGACUUUGCAGCAAUUUGGUAAACCUGGUUAAUACUUUUGCAGUAAAAUCUAAAAGAGAAAGACAAGAAAAAAAAUCACAGUUACCGGGUUAACAAUAAAACCCGUUAUGUUUGUUUGGCUUGUUACAACUAUCACAUUGUGCAUGUACGGUAGUAAAUAGGAGCCUGUCUUUUGUCUUAUCAAUAUUUGUUUGCAUGUUCGUAAUUCUCAGAUGUUUUACCCUUUGAAUUGCUUUUGCAAAUCAAACGCGAUCAACAAAAUUUUGCUUUUCGAGAAAAAUUAUGUACAAAAAGACACUAUAAUGUCAAAUUGAAAACUAAUUCUUGCGAAAUAAUAAGUAAAUACAAAUAUUUAGGUUAAAAAAGUGGUUGCAUAAAUAUUUACUCCAUUUACAGUGACUGACCCAAUUCAACAGAUGGGAGAGACUGCCUACAACAAUUGUUGCCCGGGUUCUUCGUCAGUCAGAGUUUUAAGGGACAGUGGCAUUGAGAAAGCCACUUUUGAAGAAAACGUGUAUAAAGGUUCAACUAGAGUUUACACAAAGGCAGGAGACUCCAUGCUCGAGUGGAAGAACGUUCUUUGGUCUUUUUGUCAUCAAACAAGAUUGAAGACGUUGAAUAAUCAUGAAAUUAUUUCAUGCUGAAUGUUUUUUUUAGUCUAAUUAUCAUUAUUUUGUAUAACUACAUUUUCAAUUUGACAUUAAAGGCUGUUAUUGUUAAAAAUGUUGCCAAAAAGCAACAUUUGAUUGAUCAUGAGUGAUUUGUGAAAGCUUUAGAAAUGGUAAAGCAUCCAAAGGGGUGAAUACUUUUCAUGGGCACUGUAGGUACAGUACAUGUGUACAUAGACACAUCAGAUCAGCUGAUCCAGUUUCAGCUGAUCUGCCACUUCUGCCUUUUAGACUCUGAAAGGCAGAAGUUGCAGGUAAGCUGAAACAUCACCCAUGUGAGUAAUCGAGUUUCGUAGACAUGUUUUGUUUCUCAUACACACUUUGUUAAAAUGUCUGUUCGUCUGAUUCUAAAGUCUGUAGAGCCGCUAUUGAGAAAACAGUGAGAUACACUAGAGUGCCUUAGUGACUGUUUUGUGUGAUAUAAACUGCACUACAACAUUGUCCCAGCUCUGAUGAUGGAAAAUAUGUUGUUGAUUUUGUUUGUUUUUUAUACUGAUUUAUGCUUGAAAGAUAUUGGAAGAUUUCUACCAAACUUGCUUUUAACAGCAGUUUUUUAUUUUUCAUGACAAGAUUAUGGAUAUGAAAAGCUUUUAAUGAGUUUCAAAUGAUUUCUGUACUCUAAGAUGUGAGAAAAUGACUUUUUUCAGUAUUAGCAUAGUUUUUAUUGCUUUCACAAACUGUUGAAUAUCAAAUCUUUUGUCUGUAAUGUUUUUGUUUUUAGGCAAACUCUUCUGAAUGAAAGGUUCUUUUUCAA